AUGGAAACACAGGUUCAAAUUACAACUCAUUCUCACGACCCUUGGGCUACCACCCAUCAGGUCAUUCUUCAGCCAGUCAUCAUGGAUCCCAAACAGCGAUUCUACCAUCACUUCUUGAAGAGCGUAACAGUUCUCCAAGACCUCGUCGACGGGCUACCGUCCAUUGCCAGUGUUGGCGGUGAGCGCCAGGAGGCCAUCGAUCACAUCUUGGCUAGCAUUGCAAAGCUACAGAACGAGGUAGCAGAUGCUGCUGAUUAUACUCCUUCUUAUGAUCGAAAACAAUACUCUGAGACUAUCAAGACUCUACAAGACAAGUUGAACGAGACUAUAACUAGAAUUACGCCCAAGUCAAAGUUCCAAUUCCGCCGCCCAAAGACCAACCAUGUGGAUAUGGGUGCUCCCGAGAACGAUCCUCGUCUCAACCCUGGAAGUCACUCUCGGGUUAAGCACGACGCAACCAUUAUUCCUGGCAUAGUCAGCCCUCCGUCCAUGAACAAGGAGGAUACACUCAGCGAACUACCAUCCAAAGAGGCGUACAAGAACUACAACGAAGAGAUGAAAAGACCUAGCGCCUCGUCUGUCCGGAAACCCAGCUUCUCAGCAGCAAAGAGCAUUGGAAUCUCGAGCCACUCAAACCUGCACAUAAUCCUGCCAUCCUCAGCGUCACGCGCAACCUCAUCUGGUAGUCUUACUGAUCUCGAAGGCUGCAUUAUCGACAUGUCGAUCCCAACAACAGAGGGUUCAGCAUUCCCUGGCCUUGCUAUCAAGAACGUAUCCAAGAGUCUCAUCGUCGGAGGCCGUGUUAAUGGCGCGGUCCAUAUCACAGGAGUGUCCGAUAGCAUUAUAGUGGUUGUGGCCAGACAAGUUCGAAUUCACGAGUGCAGCAAUGUCGAUAUCUACUUGCAUUGCGGAAGCCAUCCCAUCAUUGAGGAUUGUUCUGGCAUGCGAUUUGCGCCGUUGCCCACCCCAUACAGAACCGAAGCAGAAGAGCCAGACGAGAAUCAGUGGGAUCAAGUAGAUGACUUCAAGUGGCUCAAGGCUGGUCACAGUCCCAAUUGGACCACUCUAUCAGAAAACGAGAGGCUCAGCGAUGAUCUUUGGAGGGGUGUUGUGCCCGGCCAGCCUGGCGUCAGUGUAGAGGAAGCUCUGAAGAAGCUCAAUAUCCCCCGAAAGUAG